AUGACAACGAUCCCAUCCAGAUUAGCUAAGUUGACCACGACAGUCGGAUCAUGGGAAGAGGCCAGGAAGGCUUCUAUAGUAGCUUAUAGGGCAUGGUAUCGAUCUGCCCCAGAUAUCGUCCAACUUUACGCUCUCAACGUAUCACCUUCAUUGGUCCGAUUGAAGUUCAGACAAGAUUUCGAGAGGAAUAGGGAUACGAUAACUGAUUUGUCGGUGAUGAACGUCAUGUUGUUGAAGAACCAACAGGAGUAUCAAGAGACGAUGAACGCUUGGAAACAAGAGCCCCACGUUAUGCAAUGGUUCAAGCGAUACGACGACCCAGCCCCACCCAAGACUUUCCUCGAAAAGUUCUACGCAAGUAGAGAUGAUCCCGCUCAAGUAUCUUCCUUCUAA